GCUUUAUAAAUUCUAGCUUCAUACAAUCGAAAGUUGUUUGGUUAUUUAACAAUAAAGUUAAAUACGACAUUUUGUUUCAGGAACACUCCUCUUUAAUCGGAAACGACGAGAACCAUGGCCCAGUACUUCUAUCGAUCAAAACCGAAAACGUAGCCAACCAGGAACAUACCCGGAUCCUCUUGAGGUUGCGUUCCGGCACCAUGCAUGAAAUAGUACCAUCUUCGUGUCUCGGUUCCAGUCCCUCGCCCGCCAAAAUGGCUAAACUUCUCAACGAACAAUUAAACGUUGAAAACUUCGUACCUGUUCUUCACCCCAAAGCCUCUCAACUCAUAGCCAACUAUGACGAGCACGUUCUAGUGACGAAUUUCAAGUUCGGAGUGCUAUAUCAGCAGUUUGGCCAAACUGACGAGGAGGACUUAUUCUGUAAUAGUGUUACCACGCCGGCGUUUGACGAUUUUUUGUCUUUGUUGGGACAACGAAUACAGCUCAAAGAUCACAAAGGUUACCGAGGUGGUCUGGACAUCCAAAACGGUCACACGGGAGACACGGCUGUUUAUGAAGUAUUUAAAGAAAGGGAGAUAAUGUUCCACGUUUCAACACUUUUACCUUUUACCGAAAAUGACCCUCAGCAAUUGCAAAGGAAAAGACAUAUCGGCAAUGAUAUUGUGGCGAUAGUUUUCCAAGAGGAUAACACACCUUUCACUCCUGACAUGAUCGCGUCGCAUUUUUUGCAUACGUUCAUAGUAGUACAAGUUAUUGACCCCAACUCCUCAAAUACUAGAUACAAAGUCAGCGUAACAGCCCGCGACGACGUUCCGUUCUUCGGACCAACUCUCCCAACCCCUGCCAUCUUUAAGCACGGACCAGAGUUCAAAGAAUUUCUCCUAACCAAAUUAAUAAACGCGGAAAACGCUUGUUACAAAGCAGAUAAAUUUGCUAAACUGGAGCUGCGCACCCGCACUUCCCUCCUGCAGACACUUACUGAAGAGUUGAAGCUAAAAACCACCGAAUUUUUAGGUGGCAAUGCCAAUUUGACUCCUGGAACUCCCAAGAGCGACUCCGGCCCUGGAUCGAGGUUCAUCGAUACCGUCAAGAAAGCAUGGAGCGCUAGGGUGAAGACCAGUCAGAGCGUAGAUAACAACUUGAGUACCAAUGGGCAUGAAAAAUUGUCCAAGAAGGGUUCUCAGCCUACCAUUUCAGAGUCGACACCGUCGAGCGGCCGGUCCAUCUCAAAGACAUCGAUGAACUCCAACGGCAAGAAGAGUAGUAGCCCGACGUCAUCAACAACUUCAUCGCCGGACCUGACGGCGCACGCACAUGCUAGACCAGCCUUGUCCGUAGCCAGUGACGACUCAUCGCUCACCAGCGAAGAUCUGGAACAUCUGGCUGGAGGAUAUAUUGAUAGCGAUACUGGUCUUGAAAGUAUGUCCAGUGCAGAAACAGCCGCGAAAGCUUGUAGUGUAUGCCAAGACAGACCUGGAAGCACGUCUGGACCUACCACUGAAACUCUUAUGCAAGAAGUAGUACAGUUGAAAUGCGACAAGUUGGAUUUAUUAAGACAGAAUGUGAGUUGUCAGAGGGAUCUAAAAAGAUUGCGUGAAAAGGAAUUAGGUCUUCAAGGAGACCUAGCCCAGGCUACCAAGGAAAUUUUGAGGUUACGGGAACUACUGAAGGAUUACAGCCCCAAUGGCGACAGAUCUCCAAUGUAAAUGUUAUUAUUUCUAUUCUUAUAGCCUCAAAACUUACUGUAAACUCUUCUAGAAGCCAUUUUCUUUUCUUUCCCUUAAAAUUAUUUGUUCAGUUUUCCAUUUUAUUUUGAGUUUAUAUAGACUGUCUCACUUUCAGAAUUCCACAAUAUACAAACUUAAGACACUCUGUUUAGUUUAUAUUUUCUACAGAAUAUAGUCUAGAGACAUAGAUGUCAAAGUGUCAAUUAGAUGUCCGCACACUCUAUACACAGUUGUCUCACUUUACAAAACCAGUUUAGUAAUUUUAAAAUAAAUAAUUCUGUAUAUUUUUUUAAAAUGUUCUAAAAAUAAAAAUAAUUUCCAAACAUCAUUUAAAAAAACAAAUAUUUGCUAUGAAAGGUCCAUUUUAUAUUUUAUGAAAAAAUAUACAGUUUAUUAUAGAGGUAAAAAAAUAGUAUUAAUAAUAUUAAUAAUAAAUUCACGUCCGCGUAGGCGUUAAUAAGUGUUAUACAACUUCUGAUUUAUUAUUGAUAUUUUAUAUCUGUACCUCCAAUACUUCUAGUUGGAUAGGACUAUGGUUUAACAAGAACUUUCAUGUUUCCAGACAUUUUCACAACGUAUUUGCAACUCUAGAUUAUUAGUAAUAAAGUGGGACUGACUGUCAUAAAAAAAUAACAAUAUUAUAUUCACAUCACAUAAAGAUUCAUAUUUCCGUUAAUACAACAAUUUCUUUUUGUUUUGUGAUAUUUUUAUACAUUUAUGAACUUGUAUUACUUUUUCUUUUGAGGAUUUUUAUUUUUAGUUUUUAAAUAAUUUAUUUGAUGUACAAUUAUUAUGUAUAUUAUUAUGAAAAUACAAAGUUUACCAGCUACCCUAGGCGAUUAAGGUUGGUAGUUCCCAUGUUGGAUUUUUUGGAGUGAAAACGUUUAAAAAGUUAAAUAUGACAAGUAGAGUUGUAUUGUUUUGAGUCUUCAGGGAUGCUUCUAUAUUCUGCACAUUUCUCCUAUGUUUCAUGAUAAUGAAUAUUAUCAAAUCUUCUUAUUGUGCCAUUGUCUAACGAAGGUUAGCAAUCACUUCUUUAAAUGCUUCCCUAUCUUUUGGAACGUGAAAUACCUGUUCAAUACUGAGGUUAGUCCAAUCUCUGAUAUUCCUCAGCCAAGAUUUCUUCUUUUCUCCCAAGCCUUUUCUUCCCUCUAAUCUUCGUUGCUUGAUGACGUGUAGAAGAGAGUAUUUAUCGUUUCGAAGUAUGUGGCCCAGUUAAGAUGAUUCUUAUUUUAAUUAUGUUUUAAGCUUUGUGUCCUGUCCAAUUCGUCUUAACACUUCUUCGUUUGAGACUUUUGCCUUAUCAAAUACGCUUGCGUUCCUCAUUACAUUAUUUAGCAGGUAUCCUAACCACUUUUUCAACUAAUUAAAUCAUUAAAGUUUUGUUAAUUUGUUAUUACUAUGUUGUAACGUGUCUUCGGAUGCACAUUACUAGGUAUCCUUGUCGAUGUUCCAGAAUAAUCUCGCUAUUUUCAAUAUUCUACACAAGGUAAGUAAGUGGUAAGUUUUCGUCCACUCCAUCUUCUUGGGUCUUGUGCUAAUAUAAUUUACGCAAAUUUAUUUUCAUUGAUAAAUUGUCUACUGAUUUUGUUGUUGUUGAGGCUUUAUCCACAUCCGAUAGGCGCGUGCGUAGUACUGCAUCGGUACAACUCGCCUCCUACUCUCUCUACUUUUUGAUCAUUCGGCUAAUGAAUAUGGCGUCGAAAAAUCUUAUUCUUCUCCCAGUGAUUCAACACACUUCUGUUUGACAAAUUUUGGAGUGACAUGCAAAAUGUUUUCGUGAAGUUUGAAGUUUACGACAAUAUGCGUGACAUAUUUCAUUUCCAACAUCAUGUUUCAAAGCAAGUAACAACAUUUACUUUGUCGUUAAUGCCUGUGAAAGAAGACUCUGUUUAUUUAGUAAAAUUUAAACAAAUUCCAACCCAUCGCAGAGUAAAACCUGUUUCCUAGGGUAAUCAUAAUUAUACCAAAGUUAACAUUCCCCAAAAAUUCUGUUUCAGAAAAAUUAUUUACUAGGUGUAUAUAACAAAGUAUUUAUUAGAUAUUAAGUUUUUUGUAUUUAGAAAAGAGAAUAACGAGAAAAACCUAGUUUGUGCAUAUAUUGUUAUAGAUUCUUUAUUUUUACUUUGUUCUUGCGUUUUUUAAGUUUGUACAACGGGAUUACUUCAUUUCACUGAUAUUUAUAUUGUUUAGUUUAUUCUUAAAUAUUAUCUACUUAACAUAUUGCUUAUUUGCUACUUUAUUUAACACAUUUCUUGAAAAGUUCACCGUAAUCAUAAAUAGAUUUUAGAAAAGUUUUAUGAUGAUAACAGGGAUGUACACAAAUAUUGACAAAACAUAAAUAAACUAAAAAAAGUUAUACAUUUAUCGAGAUAUAAUAUGGGCGACAAUAUUGUCAGGGUUAUUGGAAAAUUACCAUUUUAACCCAUAAUACAUAACUUUAAUGCUGAAUUCGAUUCUAUCAUUAGUUUUUCUAUGUUACAAUUUUGGCUACACUAAUCCAGAAAACAUACAUACAAUUCUAUUUUUUUAAUUGAUAUUUUGAUCCAAUAUUCAUGGACAGACAUAAUUAUUGUAGUAUAAUUGAAGCGCCUGAGAUCAUCACCACAAUUAAAUAAACUGUGUCUAUCAAAUGCUUUCGUAAUUUUUUACUGUUUGCCUUUACAGUAUUGUAAAUUAAGAAUAUCUGCGAAAUGAAGGAAACUCAACUGCAAUAUGUAUUACUAAUGUUAGGAUGAAUGUAUCUUGUAGGUUGUGUACAUAAAGUUUCACACUUGCUUUCUAUUUACCAGUUCGUCUUAGAUAAAAAUGUUUUGUUAACUAAAAAACAUUUAUGAAAAUGUGUGUUGUGUCUGAAAAUUCAGACUUAGAAUUUUAUUAUACCUGCUAGAAUUUUCAGAUGUUGAAAGUACGGGACGUUUUUGAGUUGCACAAUAUACCAAUAUUUGGUUGAAUGUAACUUUUUUGGUUAUUAACCUAAUUAAACAAAAAUGCUUAUAAAUAUUUAUAAUAAAAAUGUCGUUUGUCUAUAAUAUUAUUAUCUUUUCAAUUCUUUUUACUUACUGUCAUACUCAUAGAUCAUAUUACUGCUCUCUUUUCAACCAGAUCAAUUACCUCAAAUAUUUUUCAUUUUAAUAUUAAUUCAUGUUCUUUAUUCGGAACCAAUGCUGAUGUCUGUUGUAUGCUGAUGAAUCAAUGAGUUGAUACUGUUAAAGAGGAACACACGGAUCCAGUGUUCAUUUUAUCAAAUUUUUGUUAAUAAACUUUAAUACAUUUACACGCAUUGAUCUUUUUAUCAUAAAUCCGUUCGCGGCAUCCAGUUUGACAUUGUCAGAAUCACAUUUUUCUUUUGUGCACAUGCGGCAGUAUCAGCCAUUUUUCGUAUUAUUUUUUUGUAAACAAGCAUAGGUAUGUAGAUAAAUAUGAAGUAACGAAAAUACAAGGUUAUUAUUAACCUUAUUAUAUGAAAUAACAAGAAAUAAUAAAGAACUUCUAUCAUUAAGUUUUAAUACAGAAUAUACUGCUCCUUCGAAGAAUGCUUGACUUGAUAGGAAGAAACGUAUAACAAUGUGUUGGGGAGUUUUAAUGAAUGACAAACCAAUUGAUUGGUUUCAAUAUAUUUACCUGGUAGCAGCAUACAUUUAAGGGUUUAGAUCGGAUUUAACAUAACUCAAACUAUAAAAAAUAAAGCUUAACCUAAAAAAUAGUUAGAAUAUGCGUUAACGUCUGUUGAUGCUGCCAAUACCCCGUGUUCUCCUUAAUAACUUUUAAAUACAUAUCUGGUAAAAAUAUACAAUGAAACCAGUAUCGAUACACAUCAGUAGCAAGGAAUUUCAUAUUAAUUGAUAACCUACUGUUCUACCGGUCAUGGGUAAUAUGAUAUUCUACCGACAUAGUGCAGAUCCCCCAAUUUCUGAACUGAAAGAACACGUCAACUUAAGCAUCCAAAGAAAUUGUUUCAAUAUAAUCUCUUCUUUUGUUGACACAUUUCAUCCACCGAUAUUCGGAUGCCGUUCUCCUCUUCUGUAAUGUUCUCAAAAUGCUACAGCGUACUUGCAGUACUCUGCAGACGCAAUGGCUUCUUAAUUGCACGGAAAACACUGACAAGUACAGAAGGUUUUCAGUUUUGGGAAUAAAUGGAAGUCUGAGGAGACUAAGUCCGUGGAAUAGGCUGGAUUUUAAAGAAUCGGAUAGUGCAGAUUCCUCAAUUGCCAAAAAACUUUAUCAAAGUAGAUUGUCUUAGUACCCUGUCCAGAUAGAAAAUGAUUUUUCUUUUUUGUGUCAUAUCUGUUUUCAUAAAUAGUUGCGUUCAGAAGAAGUGAGAGUAAUAUGGUUCAGUUAUAGUUUUAUCCGGCUCAAGUAGACGAUUAGCAAAAUUCUUUUUAUAUGGCAAAAGUUCUCGAUGAUUUCCAGUAUGGUUGCAGUUUUUAGUCUACAAACUUGGUCGCCCAUUAAGCCUCGUCAUACACAUGUAUAAACCACAAAUCAGUCAGUAUUAAACUACAUUUUUUAUGAAAAAUUCUGUUUACCCUUUUUAUUUAAUUUUCAACACCAAGCGCAGAAUAAAUAAUUAAAACGAAUGCCUACAAUCAACUAUUAUGUGUGCUUAAACGUGUACUAAUGUAAGGGGUAAAUCAUUUCGAGUACUUUGAGAUAUCUAACAAGUCAGAUUGUCGUAGUAUAUCACUGUACCGAGACAUAUUUCAUGCUUCUCUAUUACUUAAAAUCGUAUGUCAAUGCAUCUCUAAAACUCGCAUAUUCAUUACUGAGAUAACUAAUCAUUUACUUAAGUGUGUGACAGUAUUUUGAUUUCCGAAGAAAUGUCCUUCCACAUCGAUAAAAUAUCUGAAAAUUCGGGCAAAAAUACUAACAAAUAUUUUUGAGAUAUGAGUAUUCUUUAAAAUAUAAAACAAAACGAAUUUCAACGACUAUUCAAGAACUAAUUUAACCUGUAGAAGCUUCUGAUAUUUCCAUUUAAGAAUGUACACCAUAGAUUAUGAUUAAACAUGAAUAUUUUCUGUUCUGUAUACGUUGAUUUUGUAUUACUUGGAAAUCUGUAAGGAUGUAAUAGUUUAUCUAUAGGUGUUAUAGAUUUAAAAAUAUAGGAUUUGGAUAUCCAAUUACUAAAUAAAAUAUAAUUACCAUUUGUCGAUUUUUGUAAUUCCUCUAAAUCGCUUUUUAUUUCCGUUCAACUAAACUAACACCUAUGCAUUGAUAUAUUUAUUUUUAAAACCUAAAUAAACUGAUUUUGUUUACGCUGGGCAAGUAUUUUUAUCCGAACUUGAAUAGUUGAACCGUUUUGUAAUUAAAAUUAACUUUUUUAUUUAGAAGGAUGCUUCUAUUAUUACUUAAGAUUGCAAUAAACAUAAGUGUUCUUUUGUACAAGUUAUUUAACUGUUUUUAUGUACCUUGAUUUUUGUCUUAAUGGCGAUACUUUUGCUGCAUCAAAACCUAAUAAAUAUGUAUGUCA